CCCAAAUCACUGAAUCCAAUCUACAAGCUCGAUUCAAUUCAGGCUUCAUUCGUCUUCUCCAAGCUUAGGGUUUUGUUUUUGCGCGAGAGAGGUAAAAAUGCCGCAGAGGCACUCGAAGAACAACAAUGACCUCGCGUUCUUCACGUACGACGAGAAGAGGAAGCUAGGGUACGGGACGCAGAGGGAGAGGCUGGGCAGAGACUCCAUCAAGCCCUUCGACGCGUGCUGCCUCUGCCUGAAGCCCCUAAUUGACGCCUUGUGCUGCCUCAAAGGUCAUGUCUUCUGCAAGGAGUGCAUUCUCGAGUGCCUUCUCUCCCAGAAGAAGGACAUCCAGAGGAGGCUAGCUGCUCAUGCUACUCAGCAGAAGCAAGAGAAAGAAGAGGAAGAAGAGAAGUUAAUGUCGCAGAAAGCCAGAGAACUUGAUGCAUUUGAUCAGCAAAACCAUGGUGCAGUACCACAAUACAGUGAUAAAAACCACAGCCAAGGCAAGAAUGGCUUCCAUGGGGCGAAUAGUGUGAAGGUCACUUCUUAUGAAGAAGAAGCACUGCGGACAAUGAAGGCAUUUUGGCUGCCUUCUGCUACACCUGAAGCUCCUGUUAAAGUAGAGGCCCCCUCGAUCAAUACAAUCUGUCCACAAGGCAACGAGAAACUCAAGCUGAAGACUCUCUUCCCUAUAUUCUUCACGGAAGACACUAGCGACCAGAAGAAACCCAAGUCUCUUGACAAGACCUAUAUAUGCCCUAGCUGCAAGGCUACUUUGACCAACACAUCUUCACUUGUGGCUCUUAGCUCGUGUGGACAUGUCUUCUGCAAGAAGUGUGCUGAUAAGUUUAUGGUGGUUGAUAAGGUUUGUCUGGUCUGCAACAGAGGAUGUAAAGAGAAGAAUUUGGUGAAGUUGGAAAAGGGAGGGACAGGCUUUGCUGCCCAUGGAGAUCAUCUUGAUGGAACGGCCUUUAAGCAUUUGGGGAGUGGUUCAGGAUUGGGCCUGACAAGACCUGGGAAGACUUGAACUUUUCAGUUCUACUCCGGUAAACUAUACGCAACUAUCCCUUGCCCUAAAAGAGCAAAAGGUGCACCAACUUUCUUCUCUUGAUUUGUUUAGAUUAACAACAUAAUCCUUGGCGCUUGACCUGGUUGUUAUCAGUAUGUUCAUUGUAAGAUAAGAACAUCAAUGCAUCCUCUCUUUUCUCUC